AUGGCAGUUUUCUUCCUCCUCAGAGCACUCAGGAAAGCUUCAGCCAUCGAAAACACCAAGUACAACAUCUGCAACAUCAGCAACAUCAGCAACAUCAGCAACAUCAGCAACAUCAGCAACAACAACAACAUCAGCAACAACAACAAAAACUCCUCAUCACUCUAA